CCCCCGGCCGGUGGGUGGAGCCGAGCCGUCAUAUGACCGCGGCGCGGCGAGCAGGGCAGCGUUGGCCUUGGCCGGAGCCGCAGCCCGCGAGUCGCUGCCGGAGGGGCCGCCAGCCGCCGCGAGUCCCCGAGGGGCCGGAGGUAGCGCUAGUGCCGGAGGGUCCCGGCCCGCUUCGCCGCCACGAUGCUGGCGCUGCUGUCCCGGCUGCUGGACUGGUUCCGCUCGCUCUUCUGGAAGGAGGAGAUGGAGCUCACCCUGGUGGGGCUGCAGUACUCGGGCAAGACCACCUUCGUCAACGUCAUCGCGGUCAAUUCAGUGAAGAUAUGAUUCCUACAGUGGGCUUCAACAUGAGGAAAGUUACUAAGGGUAAUGUGACGAUAAAGAUCUGGGAUAUAGGAGGGCAGCCACGAUUCCGAAGCAUGUGGGAGCGAUAUUGCAGAGGCGUUAAUGCUAUUGUAUAUAUGGUAGAUGCUGCCGAUCGUGAAAAGAUAGAAGCCUCUCGAAAUGAACUGCAUAACCUUCUAGACAAACCACAGUUACAAGGAAUCCCUGUUCUAGUACUUGGAAACAAGAGAGACCUUACUAAUGCUCUGGAUGAGAAGCAGCUAAUUGAAAAGAUGAAUCUGGCUGCUAUUCAGGACAGAGAAAUUUGCUGCUAUUCAAUUUCUUGCAAAGAAAAGGAUAAUAUAGAUAUCACGCUUCAGUGGCUUAUUCAGCAUUCAAAAUCUAGAAGAAGCUGAAGUCUUCCUGGAAUCUCCCAGCUGGCCAUAAUCUCAGAAUUGUCCAAUCCCUCCAUGAUGAAUUACUCCAAUAGUCCUCUUGUAUCCAAGAAAUGGCCUUUUUCAGUUCAUUUCUCAUAUGCACUGCUGAAGACCUAUAUUCCUGUUCCUAUCACAAAAUCAACUAGAGUUGUCAUGAUAGUCAGCACAAAAAAGUUUAUUUUACAGCCGUCUAAAGAGUGUGUGUGAGUGGCUGGGGGCUUUUAAAAAAUUAUCUGUACCAUAUUAAAUCAGAGUACAUUUCUGUUCUGGUCUUUCUGGGCCAGAUUUUUAUAUUUGAUUUUCAGAAAAUGUUAAAAUAUUUUAUUUCUAGUGUUUAGUGGCUUGAAGAUGCUGACACUGCACAGCAUUAAGAUUCUAGUGCCAUAUAAGGCAUUUAGAAAGCAUCCCACGUCACACUUAAAGGUUAACUUAUUUUUAAUCUCACAAGUGCAUGUGAGGUGCAUAUUGUAAGAUUUAGAAAUGGAAACUGUCUGCAUAGGGGAGCACUAGGUCAGCAUCACUAAUUCUACAGAUGGGACUUUAUGUAGUCACUUUUAGACACCACUUUUCUGAUGAAUUAGAAAAGCCAAAUCUUGUAUUUGUCGAGAUCAUUACUUGUAUCUGCCUUUUUGUUUAACAUUUUAUGAGGAUGGAAAUGGAAUAUUUUACUAACAGCUUUCAACAGUUGGAGUAUUCUAGCAGACUAAACAAAUUGCUAAGAGCAUUGCUUUGCUCACAAAUGCAUUUUUCUAUCUCCAGAUGCUUUAAAUGAUCUUUGUCUGAAACACCAGAACAAAUCUGAGUUGCUGCAUGAUACUCAAAUAACUUUAUUUUGGUAAUCAGUGAUACUGUUGACUUCAGCACUGCACCUGUGGAACUGUCAAGUCAGUGUCUCUUAUUCAUGGAAUAGCUGGGCACAGUUUCACCUGGUGCUAUGGAAUAUCUAGCUAUUGUGACAACUCUAGACAUGCCUGCUUUCUCAAUGUAAUCAUGUGCAAAGUCUACAGGUUGUAAGUUUAAAUAUUUCAUUGUGUCUCAAAGCACAAGAGCCAAUGAAUUGAUCCUAUUUCUUGAUUAGCUUCUACAGUAUAGAGAAAUAUGUAUAAACUAAAGAUUGUAACAUGUCUUUGUAGCGAUACUUUCUCAGUGACUUCAGUAUAUUUAAAGGGACAGACUCAUCAAGACUAGUUUGUGCAUAUAGUAAUGUUAAUGUAGCCCACUGUAGUGUACACAACUAUGAUACACCUGCUUGUGUUGCCUCACACUGUGUGUGAUUCUUUUAAGCAGCACCUAAACAUAGAUUCAGAUGGUGCAGUUUCAGAGCCUUCAGUUGUGAACACUUUCGUCCAUCACGUAAUUAAGACAAACCAGUUUUAAUUUAGAUUGCUAUGACCUUAGUGUUCUGUACCAACUACUGCACUGUGCGCACACUACAUGUUGUCUUCAUUCAUAAACCCAGCUUGUAUUUUAGUUUUGUCCUUUCAUUCUCUGAAGCAUGGUUUCAAUUAAUCCCAUACUAGUGUUGGUGCUGUAGAGAGGGGUAUAUUAACUUGCUACUGUAGUCAUUAGUUCACCAUGAACUGCUACAGUUACUUUAUUUAGCAACUUUGCUUGUGCCUAAAAAUAAGGAAAUUGAACUAGAAUGUGUGAAUCUUUCUGUGGGGACCAGGUUACUGUUUAGUUAACUGGCCUAUAGCUGAACUUGAUGUGUUUGGUGUGUAUCUACUUGACUGCUUUUAGAAUUUAUGGCAUCCAAACACUACUACCAACUGUUAACCUGUGCAUUAAUCUCUGCAUGUGAACAACUUAUAUAAUUACUGAACUUUGUAAAUAAGUGAAUUUUUUUAUUUAGAUGGAUGCAUAUUGUUGGUUUACUGCUCUUCAGCUUUAUUCAAUAAACUUACAUUUUGAGGGUUGUAUUGACACUUAC